CGACUUGGACUGAUUUCAAGGAGGUAUUCUAUGGAAAGUAUUUCACAGUUGACAACAGGACACGGCUGGCACGGGAAUUCUUGGAGCUUCGCCAGGGAGAUUUGUCAGUGGCGGAGUAUGUCAGGAGGUUCGAGAGAGGACGCUAUUUUGUACCUAUGAUUACUAGCCAACCAGUCGAGGAGCUGAAGCACUUUACAGAAGGUUUGAGGCCGGCUAUUCGCCAUGAUGUCAGGCUGAGUCGGGUCACCACAUUCCGAGAAGCCGUUGACCAGGCACUGAUGUCCGAAAGAGACAGAAAUGACAUGAUCAAGGAAGCUCAGAACAAGAGACUGAGUUAUCAGGGACGGGAUCAGCAGGAGCCGGGGAAGAAGAAGACAAUUCCUGGUCAGAAUUCAGGAAAGCAGCCGUUUAAGCAAGCACAACCGCGUCAGCAAAUUCAGAAGACACAAGCAGCUGAAAGCACUGGUUUCAGGGUCGAAAACAAGGUUCGUUGUUCCAAGUGCGAGAAGAUUCAUGCUGGGCAGUGCUUAACAGGUACAGAUGCGUGUUUUAUGUGUAAGAAGUCAGGACACUUCGCGAGGGAAUGCCCACUGCUCAGGGAGCCAACCAAAGGGAGAGUAUUUGCGAUGACUCAAGAGCAGGUGGAUCUGGACACGACUAUUAUCACAGGUGAGGACGUGUCUCCGGACACGGCAGAGGGCCUACGGACGGAGUAGGCGAGGAGGCGAGAUGGACGCAUGACGUUGUCCGGAUAUUAGGAGUGCUGAGUUUAGGUGCUUCACGGGAAGGGUCUUUGCUUCGGAGAGGUCAAGGGUUUUUGAACGGAAUUUUAUUUGUCAUACCUUGUGAGAGAUGUUGAUUUUUUUUAUUUUCGAUAAAACAGAAUGUUUGAUUUGGUAUCGUGUCAUAAGUACACGCUUGGUUUGUGUUUGGUGGGUGAUGCACUAUAUAAAAAAAAAAAAUUGAGGGUUGGUUA